AUCUUCCUAGGGACAUAUGUGCAAAUAAAGAAGAAAAAAUAAUUUGCGUAGGCUACCCUUUAUUUCGUCCGUCAUCAUUCAUUCUCGUCCCUCUCUCAAUCCCGCUCAGUCCCCAUAUUUCAAAAUUAAAAAAAAAAAAAAAAAAAAACCAUUCGCUUCACACAAAGCUCGUGUGCUGUUUUCAGUUUCCGGAAACUUGCAUUCCAAUUCCUUAUUGGAAGGAAAAUGGUGAAGGAAGAAGCUGUUAUCUCCGAUCCAGUGGAUCCUCUUCAUGGCCUCAUUGGACUUCCUUUGCUUCCCAACAGAACUAGGGUUUCUACUGUAUCAGUUGAACCUAAAGACCUUGAUUCAAUUCAUAAUUUCAUCAAGUCUAUGGAAACGAAGAGUCCUGGGCUUUUGGAGGACGCCAGGGCCAUUGUGGAUAACAGUGCGGAACUUGUGAACACCAAGUUUCCGAGUUUUAUACAAUCUAUGGGAAUUGAUUGGGAUCUUACCAUGAAGGGCAAGGAGAAGCUCCAAGAGAGAAGACCAGGCCUUGGUCGUAAAAGGGCUCGAUUUUCUCUCAAGCCUAGUACAAGUCAACCUCCUAUCAGCUUAGCUCCUCGUUUAGACAUUGAUCAACUGUCAGAUCCAGUGGAAUUUUACGCAGUUUCUGAAAAGUUAGAAGAUGCUGUAAAGGAAAUAAAAAGACAGAACGGCAGCAUUAUCCAUGAUCCAGAUAUGAAUAAUCCACUGGCCAAUGCACGGCGUCGUCGACCAGGCAUCUUGGGUAAAUCAGUGAAGUAUAAGCACCGUUUCUCCACCCAGCCUGAGAAUGAUGAUGCAUUUAUAUCAUCUCAAGAGACAUUGCAGCGUGAUAUUCUGGCCGAACGUGGUUCUCCUUUGCUAGAAGAGCUCCCUGGCUUCAGUGAUGAACUACAAGAAGCAGAUUUCACAGGAUCAAUAAAGGAAACAGAAAACAGAGUCAACAUCAUUUUGGAUGACUUACUGUCUGGGAGUGGUGAAGAUCUAGAAGGGGACAUGGUAGCAUUCAAGUUACAAGAGCGAUUACAGAUCAAGCCCAUUGAACUAGGAACCUUAUGUAUGCCUGAGUUCCCUGUGAUUGGAAAGCCUUAUGGUAAGGCUUUUGGAGAGAGGAUUCAGAAGCCUAGGAUGUUUUCACUGGGGAUACAGGAUCUGGUUAGAAGUGCAACUGAGGGAACACCUUCCACUCACAAACAGCAUGAAGUAAGUCCUGCCAGUAGUUUAGCAUCACCCACUCCACCAAAAAGUCCAUUUGCUUCAUUGUCUUUGUUGAAAAAGAAAAUUAUGCAGUCAAAUCCACUGAGAGAUCCUUUUUCGCCUCUCAACAUUGAUCUGCAUUCGGAGCAUCCAAAUUGGUCCGUGAAAUUGAAAUCACAGUCUGUAAAUAAUAAUGUAGGACCUAUUGAAUCUCAUGGUGAGACAGAAAAUCUUGCUGGUGGUGAAAAUACGAAUAUUAUGAUUCCUUUAAGAGGUUCAGACUUUGAGCAUGAGCAACUGAUGGAAAAGAAUUCAGGCAGAGAUAGUGUAAAAACUGGGCCAAGUGGAUCUCUAUCUGGAAUGGAGCAACGAAAUGGUUUAGAUGAUAUCGAUUUCGAUGAUACCGAUGUCAAUACUAACGUCAACUUAAAUAUGAGAAAUAUGGAUUCCCACCAUGAGUCUGAUGGGCUUGACAAAGUGAAAGAUGAUUCAGUUAUAAACAGUGUUUUGAAGGAUCAACAAGGUCUUGAGACCGAAUCCUACAUUAACUGUCAGCAGAUGCAGGAUGUGGAAGUGUUUGCAGAAAAACUACCUUCUCUUCAAGCUCAAGGGAAAGCUGAUGAUACAGCAAAUUGUACCAUUGAAACAGCUGUUGAGGAUUUUCGAUCAGCUGAAAUUGAUCAGCAGGUUGACAAUAUGCCACCAGAAACAGUGCAUUCCGCAGAACACAAUCAUCACUUUGAGGAUUCUGUCAAAGACUUAAAUAGUGAUCAAUUGAACUCAGUUGCAGUUGAAGUUCCUUCGACAGAAUUGAGAUCUAAAUUUCCUGAGAUGAGCCCUCAGCAUCAUGCCCAGGAAAAUGCUAAGCGACAGAAAGCAAAACGACCUGCUGUCGGAAGGCGUGAAAGAAAAACUCUUUCUUCUAGGCCAAGUAUAGCAGAUGCUGGUACAUCAUUUGAAAGUGGGGUUAGACGAAGCAAACGAACGAAGACAAGGCCUUUGCAAUAUUGGAAAGGCGAAAGGUUAUUAUAUGGACGGGUUAAUGAGAGUUUGAAGCUUGUUGGCUUGAAAUACAUCUCUCCAGGAAAGGGAUCAUUUAAAGUGAAGUCUUACAUCCCCGAUGACUACAAAGAUCUAGUUGACCUGGCAGCUCGCCAUUGAUUUUCGAACGACAUUGGUAGAUGGAUCUUGUCCUAUGCUUCAAUUUUAAAUACAAAUGUAGCAAUUAUAUGUAACGUACCCAAGGUAGGUAUUGUGAAGCUUGAAUUAUUAUCUUUGAUUUAUGGAUCGUUACUCUA